CGCUCUGUUUUCAAUGCGGAGCGCCUACUUCAGCGCAAGCCUGCGUCCCCGUCUCCAAACACCUGCCCUGCCUAGGUCGAGAGCGCCUGCCAGCCUGUCGCCGCUUCCUUCCAGCCCCAACAAGAGCGCAACCUGCCGCCCAGAUUUAUCGGGACUGAUCGCAUCCGUACACAGGUUGUAGCGGCUCGCAAUGGACCGUGUCGCGAGGAAAAUCUGACCGAAAUCGCAAUUUCAAUAGAACAGCCACGCAGGAAGGGGGUGAUCAACUGUGCUGAUCUGAGCUCCUCGGACCGUUUUUUAUUAUUAUUUCUGAGUUGCUGUUGCAUGAGCAUCCAGGGAAGGAACAAAAACACCACCAAAAACUGAUUUUCCAAGCCGUCCAUUUAAGGGUUUUGUUUAGGUGUGAACAACAGUUCCCAAUCUGAGCAGGCAACAAUGGAAGAGAAUAUGGAAGAAGGACAAACACAGAAAGGGUGCUUUGAGUGUUGCAUCAAAUGCCUGGGCGGCAUCCCAUACGCGUCGCUGAUCGCCACCAUCCUGCUGUACGCCGGCGUGGCGCUCUUCUGUGGCUGCGGCCAUGAGGCGCUGUCCGGCACCGUCACCAUCCUGCAGAGCUACUUUGACGUGGUGAGGGGGCCCCUCGACACCCUGGACGUCUUCACCAUGAUCGACAUCUUCAAGUACGUGAUCUACGGCGUGGCUGCCGCCUUCUUCGUUUACGGCAUCCUGUUGAUGGUCGAGGGCUUCUUCACCACCGGCGCCAUCCGGGAUCUCUAUGGAGACUUCAAGAUCACCACCUGCGGCCGCUGCGUCAGCGCCUGGUUCAUCAUGCUGACCUACAUCUUCAUGCUGGCCUGGCUGGGUGUCACAGCCUUCACGUCCCUGCCGGUCUUCAUGUACUUCAACAUCUGGAACAUGUGCCAGAACACCACAGCUAUAGAGGGGGUCAAGAUGUGCCUGGACCUGCGUCAGUUCGGAGUCGUCACUAUCAACGAGGAGAGAAAACUGUGCACAGAAACGGAAAAGUUCCUCAAGAUGUGUGAUUCUAACGAGCUGGACCUGACGUUCCACCUCUUUGUCUGUGCCCUGGCUGGGGCAGGGGCAGCGGUCAUCGCCAUGGUGCAUUACCUAAUGGUUCUGUCCGCCAACUGGGCUUACGUGAAAGACGCGUGCAGGAUGCAGAAGUACGAGGACAUCAAAUCCAAGGAGGAGCAGGAGCUGCACGACAUCCACUCUACCCGCUCUAAAGAGCGCCUCAAUGCCUACACAUAGAGCCGAAAGCACGCGCACCGAGGGGAUGUGACUCCGGUUUAGGUCGGGGGUGGGAGCCCGUGGGUGGGGCGGGGGGAGGCGGACUGGUUCGCCGAGCUUACGGGGUUGUGUCGCAGCAAGGUGGUAGGGGGGACUCGCGCGUCUCCCCAACGACGUUUCUGGGGACAACCCUUUACCUCUUUCUGGGACUGAGUUACUCCUCCUCUACAUCUAUUUUAACUUUUCUUCAGAGACAGUUAGUGUUACGUUUUCCUUAUUUUAACCUGCUGUUCAUUUUUUUUUGCCAUUGAAUCCUUAAUGCAGCUGGUUAUUUCUGGUGAUAUUUAUUGCGUUUCUUUUUGGUAGUUUUGGGCAGGGUCGGAAUGCCGGUUCACCUUGGCGAAAAUCACAUUUAUACUAUCCUGAAAACUUCUCAUCCGUCAGGGCUUCACGCAUUGAGUAACGAAAAGCUGUCUUUUUUAUUACGAGACCAAAAUUCGACCAAACUUUUAUAAUUUACAGGGGAAUUUUCGUACCACCAAUACUAGAAAUGUACAGAUUCUUUUCCAGCAAAUUCUCUAUUGGUUGGGCUGGAUGUUUAGGACGAAUAUGAGUACCUUCGAAUGAAUUUUUACGCACUUUUACAUCAUGUAGCUUAAUCAAACCUUCAGGAGCCAUCGCUGUUUUUAUCUGCGCGCUCCCCACUUUAAUGUACCAUUUAUAAAUGACAGUAUUAGCGUUUCAGAAACCGAAGCUUUUUAGCCUGACAAGCCAAUGGGACUCACAGGAAGCAGAGAAAUUGUAAAGGUUAAGGGAGAUCGUGGGACGAUUUUUUUAAAUAACACUGCUUUUUUGAAUUUUCUUUGGGCACUCUCUAUAGACAGCUAAACGCCACUCCAUCGCAAGCCAUAUAAUCACAUGCAAAUAGCAUUUUAUUACGUUACUUUGUUUUUGGUAAACCGUUUACUCACAUGCAAAUAGCAUUAGAUUUUUUUGAAGCUAACUUUUUUAAAUGCAAUUAAUCAGAGGAACACAGAAGUUACUUUUUUCAGUAUUCUACAGUGUAUAUAUAACUAUAUAAAUAUAUACAUAUAUGUCAAAACAGUUCGACUUCAGGUCAUUUCACGGGAGCUUAAAACACAUCUCAGCGGUUAACUUUGAUAUUGCAGUGAUAUUCCAGCGAAGGUUUUUUUUUUUAUUUGUUGAAAUUGUUUUUAAAUUACAAAAAUCGAGAUGAUGGGUGGGUGACGUCAUGGUUCUCGACGGUGCUGUUUUUUCCCCAGUGCAAAGGUGAAUAUCACAUCUGAGAGGUAACUAACCAUUUGCUAAGCUACUUACUACUAAACGGCAUUAAAUGUCGCUUUAAAAGAUAUGAAAUAUAUAUUAUUCUUGACUAUGGACCAAACUCGAUGUUUUGGAUCUUGUCUUGCUUACUUUAACUGCUAUAGAAUCGCAGUUCCGUGUAUCAUUGUUUUGUUGCCUGACAAUACUUGUUUUUGUCAGUGUUUCAAAAAUGCUAGUUUUGUGCACUUAUUGAACCAUAGUGAGCUCUUUCUGGGUGUAAGUGCAUUUCUGCUCUUUCAGAGGUUAAUCUCUGUACUGUUACUAGUCAUGCAGCGUUGUUUUUAAACAGAACUUGUAUUAGGUAAAGACUGUGACUCUAGGUGUUAAUUGUGGCAUGGUUAUGAAUUAAUUGGUAAAUAGUUUUACUGAUGAUUCUUUUUCUUUAUCAUUUUCUUUUUUACACUGACUGUCUUGCAGGGUCAACGGUUUUCAGUAUGUGUGCAGUAUUAUGACGCUGACGCUAACAGUAUUACGCUAGAUAUCUUAUUAGGUUGUAGUGUUUGAUUUGUGUCCUUAUAUAGUUUGUGAUGAUUUAAAAACCAUGUCUUAAACGAUACCUGUAAUGAUGUUGCGUAUUCAGUAUUUACCCGACGAUGCUUUCGGCUUUCUCCUUGUAUUAGUCUUUUGUACUUUCACAAAGAAUGCUUCGUAGCAGGGCUGUAAAAUGAAUCUGUUUUGUAAAUAUGUGACAAGAGCUUGACGUCGCUUUUUUGAACUGUAGGAACAAAUUGCUUGCGCAAAUAAAACACUUGUGUACUUGUUAA